AUGACAGAAGAGGGUGCCAUGGUGGAGGAUGCCAUAGUGGAGGGUGCCACGGUUGAUGAUGCCAUAGCGGUGGGUGCCACGGUGGAGGAUGCCAUAGUGGAGGGUGUCAUGGUGGAGGUUGCCAUAGCGGUGGGUGCCAUGGUGGAGAAUGCCAUAGCAGAGGGUGCAAUGGUGGAGGUUGCCAUAGCGGUGGGUGCCAUGGUGGAGAAUGCCAUAGUGGAGGGUGCCACGGUGGAGGAUGCCAUAGUGGAGGGUGCCACGGUGGAGGUUGCCUUAGUGGAGGGUGCCAUGGUGGAGGAUGCCAUAGUGGAGGGUGCCACGGUGGAGGAUGCCACAGUGGAGGGUGCCACGGUGGAGGUUGCCUUAGUGGAGGGUGCCAUGGUGGAGGAUGCCAUAGCAGAGGGUGCAACGGUGGAGGGUGCCAUAGUGGAGUGGGCACCGUGGAGGAUGCCUUAG